AUGCGGGUCAAAACAUCCAAAACAACCCCGCCCGCCUCGCAGGUGUCAAUCCAAACGUUGGUCCGAAUCAUGGAAACAACCCCGCUGUCUAUCAUGGGAUUGGUCACCCCAUCGGAGAUAACCAUGCCGGGCUUCCAGGUGAGAGUACAAACUUCAGUUGCAACCUCGGAAACAACACCUUGGGCUACAGCUUAUCCGGAUCCCGCCAAGUUGGAGAUCCAGUCUCACUUGCACCAGUGGCUGGCCAAUCAACCCCAACCAAUCACUUUAAAACCCAGUCAAUCCACCUCGUCCAAGCCAGAUUGGGCCAUCCACCAUUGA